AUGACUCUAUCCAACAUCCUCUGCAUCAAAGACCUCGAAGAGGCCGCAAACCCCGUCUUGACCAAGACCGUUCGCGAAUACUUCAACGAAGGAUCCGAACACAAUCUCGCACUCCAAGGCAACAUCUCCGCCUUCGACCGGUACAAGAUCCGCCCGCGCAUUCUCCGCAAUGUAUCCAAGAUCCAAAGCCAAAGGCGCCUCCUGGGCUCAUCAACGCCAUUCCCACUCGUCGUUGCGCCGUCAGGAAUGCAGUGUCUCGCGCAUCCAGAUGGCGAGAAAGCAACCGCCCGCGCGGCGGCAAAGGCCGGGAUCCCGAUGGGUGUUUCUACGUACGCGACAACUUCGCUAGAGGAUGUUAAGAGUGCGGGCGAUGAGGCUGUUCCUGGGAAUACGUACAUGCUGCAGCUGUAUAUCUUCAAGAACAGGCAGGCGACGGAGAAUCUGGUGAAGCGGGCGGAGAAGGCUGGGUAUAAAGCUGUGAUGCUGACGGUGGACACGCCGAGGCUGGGGAAUCGGUAUAAUAUGAGUCGGAAUGGGUUUGGGCUGCCGGCGCACCUGUCGCUGCCGAAUUUUGGGGAGACCAAGGUUGGGCCGAUGGUGCAGCAUGUUCUUAAGGAUGGGCAGGUGGUUGAGGAGCCGAAUGAGGCUGAUGAUGCGCUUACGUGGGAAGAGUCUCUGGUAUGGCUGCGGUCUCUUACCACAAUGGAGAUCUGGUUGAAGGGGGUCAGUACAGCGGAGGACGUCGAGAUUGCUGCGUCUUCACCCGCCAACGUCACCGGUAUCAUCGUUUCAAAUCACGGCGGCAGACAGCUGGAGUCUGCACUUCCAACGCUGGACUCGCUGCCGGAGUGCGUUGAGGCUGCGCGGAAGAGCAACAAGAACAUGCAGGUCUGGGUUGACGGGGGUAUUCGCAAGGGGAGCGACAUCUUCAAGGCCGUAGCCCUAGGAGCGGACGGCGUCAUGAUCGGCAGGAUUCCUCUCUGGGGGUUGGCGGUUGCAGGAGAGCAGGGAGUCGCCAGGGGGCUGGAGAUUCUGCAGUCUGAGUUUAUACAUACAAUGGCUCUGGCUGGAUGCAGGACACUGGCUGAUAUCAAGCCAUCCAGCCUGGCGAAGCUGGACAGAGGGGGUUUCUACGCACGACUGUAG